AUGGCAGUUCAGACUUCUCUGCCAGCUCUGCUGGCGUCGCUGACACAGUCGCUCGACUCGGCGCUCGAAGCAACCCCAAAACUUGCCGGUAUCGAACCGCCUACAGAUGGAGUGUCUUUGCUCAAUGUCAAGAAUGAGCUUCUCCUUUCGUACCUCCAGAACCUCGUUUUCCUCAUCCUUCUCAAGAUUCGAAAUGCAAAAGGCUCCAACGAAAAGUCUUCAAACAAGGAUUCCGACCUGUCAAACCAAGUUGUCGAGAAAUUGGUAGAGCUGAGACUGUACCUGGAAAAGGGUGUACGGCCACUUGAAGACAAGUUGCGGUUUCAGUUGGACAAGAUUCUACGAACAGCCGAGGAUGCAGAGAGAAAUGCGCAGCGCGAUGCUCUCAACGGCGACAAGGACAAUGAAUCAGUAGUCUCUGACGAGUCGGACAAUGAGUCCGAGGCAGGUCAAGAGUCCGCGACACGACAACCUCACGAUAAAAUGGCUGGUCCUGGCUUCAACUUUAUCGCAGGAAAGGAGGCUGUGGGCAUGGCAGCAGCAACAAAGGACAAGACGGGCGUGUACCGACCCCCCAAGUUUGCACCCACCGUCAUGCCGACUACGGAGCGGAGAGAAGUGCGAGACAGGCGGCCCAUGAAAUCUGCCACAAUGGACGAGUACAUUUCCAACGAGCUGUCUGCGGCCCCAGUUGCCGAACCCAGUGUUGGUACAAACUUUAUCGCCGGAGGUCGCAAGAUCAAGACGGCAACUCAGCGUGCCGAGGAAGACCGGAGACGUGAAUACGAAGAAUCCAACUUUACACGUUUGCCCAAGGAGAGCAAAAAGGACCGCAUCGCUCGCAACAAGGCCGAAGGUAAAACUUCCAAGAUGCAAUUUGGUGGCGAGGAUUGGCGCGAUUUGGGAGAAGGUGCUGCCAGGAUCGACAGAUUAACAAAGCGCAAGGAUGGUUCAAGCUCGGGAACAAGGGCAUUGCUGGAAAAGAGCAGAAAGCGAGGCCGCGAAACAACAGACAGUGCACGUGGCAGCGGCCUCAACAGUGGCACCAGGGAGAUUGGCGACCAUUUCCAAAAGCGACUCAAAGUCAUGGAGGGAGGUCGGAGAGACAGAGGCAAGCGGUAG